CAGCGACUGUCUUGUUUCCUCUGAUUUCAUCGCAGUUAAAAGAUUUUUCUAGAAUUUACAUAUUUUCCCCUCUUUUAUUGGCAAAAAGAAACUAAAAAUAUAAUAAUUUUUUUUUUUUUGGAGUGAAAAUCGCAAAGUAACAGCAUCAAAAACACCAUCCCUAGCAGUCUUCAUCUUCACUCCACCACUUCUCCUACUUUCUCUCUCUACACAUACAUAGCUUCUUUUCUGUCUCUCUCUCUAUCUCUGUCCUCACAGAAGCUAAAAACAUAAAUAAAACAAACAUAUAUGCAUACACUGUAUCUACAUUUUCAUUUUUACGGAAUAUUAAAUUAGUCAAGCGAAAAGUAUGCUGUAUUUGUAAUUUUUUUUUUCUUGAACCUCCGCAAAAUCCCCCCAAACCCCUUGCAUUUUUGGAGUCGAACGCCCUGAGAAAACUUGCAGUAAUCAAAGCCCUUGACUCGUCGAUCGGGUGGGUAAUCGAAGAUCUCCGCAUUGCCAUUGUUGAGACAAACAAGAGAGCAGUAGCUUUUCUUAGUUUGGCAAAGAUGAAGCCAGACACGCCACUGGAUUACGCUGUAUUUCAUCUGUCACCAAAGCACUCACGAUGCGAAUUGUUUGUUUCCAGUGAUGGGACCACAGAGAAAAUAGCUUCAGGAUUGCUUAAACCAUUCAUUUCACAUUUACAGAUUGCAGAGGAACAGCUCUCCUCUGCUUCACCGUCAGUUAAGCUUGAAGUUGGACGACAGAGAAAUGCUGAAACAUGGUUCACCAAGGGAACACUUGAGAGGUUUGUAAGAUUUGUAAGCACUCCUGAAGUUUUAGAGCUAGUCAAUACCUUUGAUGCCGAGAUGUCACAGUUGGAAGCAGCUCGAAGGAUAUACUCUCAGGGAGCUGGAAAUCAAGUUUCUGGUGGAGGUGGAUCUGGUGUGACAGCUGCAGAUGAUGCUACAAAGAAGGAGCUUCUGAGGGCUAUCGAUGUAAGGCUUCUUGCAGUGCGGCAGGAUCUAUCUACCGCUUGUGCUCGUGCUGCUGCUGCCGGUUUCAACAUUGAUUCUGUCUCAGAACUUCAAUUGUUUGCAGAUCGGUUUGGUACUCAUCGGCUAAAUGAAGCAUGUGGGAAAUACCUAUCACUAAGCGAGAGACGGCCUGAAAUCAUCCAUCUAUGGAAAUACGAACCCAAUGAUCGGGCACUUCGUUCCUCGUAUGGUUCAGACAUGUCCAUCGAUGAUGAUCCUACUUCUCCACCAUCCUGCCAAGAACCUGCCAUGUCUGAGCAGCCCAAUCCCCCGGUCAGCACUUACCCCUUAAGUCGUACAGUCAGCAGAGAAUCCAGUGUUGACAUGGAAGACUGUAAAAAGCCUUCCGAGGCCGUGCCAGAAAAAGAUAGGAAAGAUGAAAACUCAACUCCCAAUCCGCUUUUGCCGGUUCAGCCAAGUCAGCAUACAAGGCGGCUCAGUGUUCAGGACAGGAUAAACAUGUUUGAGAACAAACAGAAAGAGAGCUCCGGGGGAAAGCCUGCUGUUGUGGCGAAGCCUGCUGAGCCGCGUAGGCUGUCAUCUGACCUUUCGGCAUCAGGUGGACUCCCGGAGAAGGCGGUUUUGAGGAGGUGGAGUGGAGCUAGCGAUAUGAGCAUUGACUUGAGUGUUGACAAGAAAGAUUCUGAAAGCCCUGCCACAGUAGUUUCACAGGACAAAAAGGUUUUGAAUUCAAAUGAUGAUGAUAUCCCUGGGGUUUCUUCUGCCUCUAAACCAGAGAUGAAGCUGAUGUAUCCUAGCUUGGGCCAUGUUAGUGAUAGUGGUGAAUCUAAAGCAGUGUCUUUCAAUAACUCUGAGCUGCUUUCUAAGUCUAAUAAGUCUAGCUCGUAUUUGGGUUCUAGUGAAAGUGAUGGUUUGAAACAUCAAGCGGUUGGAAAUACUCAGUUGAGGUCUUUCAUAAAUAGGGCUGACGAUCAGAACUGUUCGGAAGACAGCUGUAAAACUUCAGAUAGUGCUAACAACGAGGGUGCUGUCAGGUUUCAGGAUCCAAGGAAAGUGAAGGUUUCUGUAGGUGAAGAAGAAUCUAGUGGGUCCCAUAUACGGAUUAUUGACCACAAUGAUCAAGCUUCUUCCAUAACCAAUACAAGGUCUUCCGUAAGCAAAGGAGGAAAACAGUAUGAGAUGUUUAAUCAAAGGGAAGAUUUAGAAUCAAACGAGGAGUCUAGCAAGCAAAGUCAAAAAGCUAACCAAAAAGCUGCCGUAGAGUCGGGGAUACUUGAAAGUGAAGCUGGUUCUAAAAUUAAAAGGGCAUUUGCUUCUCGUUAUAAAGGUAAUGAAGGUGUGAGUUCCACUUCUGCCCAGAAAGAGGUUAAAUCUGUUGGGGAGAUUGAAGUUGCUGAAAAGAAAAUCUUACACAUGUCUGCAAAAGUAUCGACUACUUCUAUGUUGAGCAUUGAUGAUUCGGGGCCUCAAACACUGAAGUUGAAUAGACAAGGUUUGACAGCUGAACUAAGCAAGAAGGUACGCGUUCAACGAGAUGAAAGCAAUUUUAGUGGCAACAGGAUUCGGUAUUCCAGUAAAAUCGUGACAGAGGCUCAGGAAGGCUUUGAUUCCUUUUCAACUCCACCUCUGGACCAAGUUCAAAGGACAAAACAGUCAAAGGUUAAUCAGGAACUUAAUGAUGAGCUAAAAAUGAAAGCAAAUGAACUUGAAAGAUUAUUCGCUGAGCACAAGUUGCGAGUCCCCUCAGAUCAAUCCAACAGCAUACGAAAAGGAAGGUCAGGUGAAAGAGAAACACAAGUUGAUCCAUCAAGUACUUUACAGUACACAAAACCAGUUCCAGACGUUGCUCCUCAAUCGUCUGACAUUCACCAGUCAACUGAACCCACUAAGAACUCGACCAAGUUCGAUGUUGCAUCACCCCUUGAUGCUAUAAAUAAGAAUUUUUCGGAGCUCAGAAUAGAAGAAGGCUCUCGAGGGAAAUCCUAUGACCAGUAUAUGCAGAAAAGGGAUGCAAAGCUGAGAGCUGAGUGGAGAUCCAACAGAGCAGAGAAAGAAGCGCGGUUGAAGUCUAUGCAGGAUAGCCUUGAGAGGAAUAAGUCAGAGAUGAAGGCCAAUCUCACAGGAUCUGCAGAAAGACACAAUUCAGUAUCAAGUGCCCGUAGACGUGCUGAGAGACUCAGAUCAUAUGGUAAUAGCAAGUCGGUUAUAAAAAGAGAGCAGCAAGACUUAGAUUCUGUGGGUAGUGAGGAGGAUGAGGAAGCAUUGGAUUUUACUGAGCAGAAUCACCUCCAUGGGAAUAGGGCUUUAGAUAAAAACACCUUGUUUAGGGAUAUAGGGGUGCACAGGGGAAGAAGCAUUUACCCGCCAACAGAAGCUUGUCAUCCACUACCCCUCACGCCUCGGCAACAUCCAUCCCAAGAUCUGUCACAAAAAAAUCCGCAAAUUCUGGGAAAAAGAAGAAUGCAACUGGAGAAUAAUCCACUCGCACAAUCCGUCUUGAAUUUUUCUGACUCGAGAAAAGAAAAUGCUAAGCCUUCUUCUGGAGACAUUAAAACGACACGUUCACAGGUAAGAAACUAUGCCCGCAGCAAAAGUACCAAUGAUGAAGCAGUUAUUUCCAGGGAGAAUAAGCCACACCGGUCGCAUUCGUUGAGGAAAAGCUCCGAAAAUCCCACCGACUUUGGAGAAAUUUCGCUACUGGACUCUGACGGUGUUAAUCUGACGCCAAUAAAAUUCGAUGGCGAAGUUAUGAGAAGUGUUGGGACAAAGCCUUUUCUGAGAAAGGGCAGCCGAGCAAGAUUUGUUUCUCAAGCUAGUAUUGCUAAAGAAAAGGCCUCCCUGGUGUCUGAGUUUGUUAAAAAUGAGGAAGAAAACAACGAUGUGGAAUCUGGAACUGAUGAGUUUGCUAGUGCAGAUGAGAAUGAUGUUGAUGAAGACUUCGAGGCUUUCAACUCUGAAGAUCAGAAGAUUUUUAGUAAUGAUGGGGAAACAAAACAGGGCCUGGAAUCAGUGAAGCUCGUAAAAUCUGGAUCGGAAAAUGGUGAUAUGGCUACAUUUUCUCAUACCAAUCAGGCUUUGGCAUUUGAGGUGCCCACUGGUGAAUCUUUGCAAGAUUGGUCCGAGGGAAGUCCGAUUUCAUGGAAUUAUUCACACAGGCAAAACCCCUUAACUUAUCCUCAUGAGACGUCUGAUGUUGAUGCCUCGAUGGAGUCCCCUGGUGGAAGUCCGUUUUCGUGGAAUUCGAACUCGUUUAAUCAAUUAGACAGUGAUUCAGUCCGGAUGAGGAAGAAAUGGGGAACAGCACAAAAACCCAUGCUGGCGGCUCAGUCAUCCAAUACUAACUUAACCCGCAAGGACAUAAAGAGCGGCUUCAAACGAUUACUUAAGUUUGGAAGGAAAAGCCGUGGCUCAGAUGUGUUGGUUGACUGGAUAUCGGCUACCACAUCUGAAGGAGAUGAAGAUACUGAAGAUGGUCAGGAUCCCGCCAAUCGAUCAUCUGAAGAUUUGAGGAAGUCGAGAAUGGGAUUUUCUCAUGUUCAAACUUAUGAGGAUAGCUAUAACGAGGAGUUUUUUAAUGAAUCAGUUCAAUCUUCACAGAAAGCUAUCCCAGCACCCCCAGCAAACUUUAAACUGAGGGAGGAUAAUAUGUCAGGAAGCUCAAUUAAAGGUGGAUUUUUGCCCCAAGGUCAUUUUUCUCGCUAUCAACAUUUCGGAGUAAAGGAAGCGACUCAAAGCCUAGAUGAUCUUUUCCUGACUGUAUAUUCAUGGUACAAAUGCUUCGGUUGCCUUUCCAAAUACAGCAGUAAAUCAUUUUGUUGAUGUAACAUAUCAUGGUAUGUGUUUCUUCAUGGAUUUAUGCGCUUUCCAGGGGGACUUGGUUAUUUCUUGUAGAUUCUGAGUAAUAUUGUGUUGUAUAUUGUAACGACUUCAUAGUCCCAAUUGGUGGAACAAUGAAGUGAUUUUGGUAGCUAAAGCAUUCUUUUGUGAAUGACUCGUAUUCGUGAUGUGUUUGUACAUGAAAAACACUUGCUAGAUUUGAAUAUUAAUUGCAUGUAUAAAUUUUGAAACCGCGGUGUAAACUGUCAACAACUUGCGGAAUAUGGCUGUUUCGCCAAGUAAUUUUAUCAUGGUCAAUAGUUCAUCUGGUU